GGAGCGCACACGCAAAUUCCUUUGAGAUCAACCAUAAAUGGAUCUAAAGCUCAGCUUAGGUUACAAGAAGUGUUGAGGAGAUGAAGUGUGUUUGUCUGGUGAGAUUUGGAAGGGGUGGCAUGGCCUAUUGUGUUGGCAAUGUGCAAGCAAGCACAUGGAGAUACAAGGCUUGUACCUAACUCAAAGUGCCCACAUGUCUCACCAAUAUUUCCUCAAUCAUUUAGCUAUCCUCUUUCCAUAUCUGAUAGUCAAUGUGUGACUAGGCCUUUUAGGGUAGCCCAGAAUAUGACCAUAUGCCAAUAAUUGAAUAGGUUGAGGCCAUGUUUAUUACCCAGAAAACAAGGCCACCCAAUAUAAAGUUUAUAAGUUACUAGUCAUAACUGUCUGAAUUGAAACAGCAUCCCAUUUUUAUGCUAGACUAUUAUUGAAUAAUAAUCAUAAGUGGAUUUGGUCAAAUAAAAUACAUAAAAAUCAGAAGUAGUUAUACUAUUAUUGAAUAAUCUUUGCUGCACAAUGCUUCACAGAAUGCAUCUUAUGUUUUUCAUACUUGGAAGAAGAUUCUUACAUAGUUUAUUGGCACCAACUCAUUAAUAAAAUCAAGAAUCACAUGCUUUUUGAUAAAUCCAAAAGGAAGAUGAAUAGCUCAGCUUAAGCUGUCUCCAACUCUUCUUCUUGUUUCUGCAAUCUCAUAUUCAUAUCCACAAAUACACCAAGAAAAAGAAAAACAUUCAAAAAAAUGCCCGAGACUCCCACAGAUUACCCCAUCAAGACAGUAGUGAUCCUAGUCCAAGAAAACCGAUCAUUCGAUCAUAUGCUAGGAUGGAUGAAGUCCAUCAACCCUGAAAUCAAUGGCGUCACAGGCCAAGAAUCCAACCCUCUCUCCACCUCCGAUCUCAGUUCAAGUCGCGUCUUCUAUGGCCACCAAUCCGGAAACAUUGAGCCUGAUCCUGGCCACUCUUUUGAAGCAUGCUACGAGCAAAUCUAUGGCGUUCCAUGGAGUCAGGAAUCAGCCUCUAACCACAAUCUGUCUCCUACAAUGGAAGGCUUUGCUCAGCAAGCGGAGACCAUAGAGAAAGGAAUGGCCAACAUAGUGAUGAACGGCUUCAAACCGGAGCAGCUGCCUGUUUACAAGGAGCUGGUAUCGGAGUAUGCAGUUUGUGAUCGAUGGUUCUCUUCCGCUCCCACUUUGACACAGCCAAACAGGCUCUUCAUACACUCUGCAACGUCCCACGGUGCAACAGAAAACGACACGAAGAUGCUGAUUGAAGGCUAUCCACAGAAGACCAUCUUUGAGUCUGUGGAGGAGGGAGGUCACUCAUUUGGGAUAUACUAUCAGUAUCCUCCUUCAACUCUCUUCUACAGGAACCUGAGAAAAUUGAAGUACAUAGACAACUUUCACCAAUUUGAUCUGAGCUUCAAAAGGCACUGCAAGGAUGGGAAGCUACCAAACUACGUAGUGAUAGAACAGAGGUAUUUCGAGACAAUACUGGCCCCGGGAAACGACGAUCAUCCGCCCCACGACGUCUCAGAAGGCCAGAAAUUCAUCAAGGAAGUGUACGAGGCACUCAGAUCAAGCCCACAGUGGAAUGAAAUCCUAUUCAUCAUCAUAUAUGACGAGCACGGCGGAUUCUAUGAUCACGUCCCCACCCCCGCCACCGGCGUUCCUAGUCCGGAAGACAUCGUUGGCCCCGAGCCUUACAACUUCAAAUUCGACCGCCUCGGAGUCAGAGUCCCCGCAAUCUUGAUUUCCCCUUGGAUUGAGCCCGGAACAGUGCUGCAUGGACCUUCCGGGCCAUAUCCGACGUCGGAAUACGAGCAUUCAUCGAUUCCAGCAACGGUGAAGAAGAUUUUCAAUCUGAAAAGCUUCUUAACAAAACGGGACGCUUGGGCGGGGACGUUCGAGUGUGUCGUAAACAGGACUAGUCCAAGAACAGACUGCCCCGUUGAGCUGUCGGAGCCGGGGAAGAUGAGGGAGAGGAAGGCGAACGAGGAGGUGGAGCUGACGGAGUUUCAGAAGGAGCUGGUGCAGAUGUGUGCGGCGUUGAGAGGCGAUCAUGGAGAGGUGAAGGAUAUGAAGGUGGCUGAGGCGGUUGAUUACGUGGGAGGCGCGUAUCGGAAGUUCUUGGAUGACUGCGACAGCGCGGUGAAGAAUGGAGAGGAUGAGUCGCAUAUUGUGUGCCUCGCGCAUCAGCCGCAGCAAAAGCGUGUUUCAAAGUCCUUUGCCGGGAAACUCUUCGCCUGCUGCGCUUGUGGCCGCGAUCAGGCUGUUCAAUGAUUUUAUUUUAUUUUUUAUGUGUGUAUAUUUUAAAUUACAAUAAAUAUGCGUGCAACCUGUUUAUCUUAUAAAUUAAUAUUUACUGUUUGUAAAUUUCAUUUGGACUAAGGUGUAUUUAAUUUUUACUUAGUAGUA